ACCAACAACCGGAUCAACGGCAAGAGCGAUGUGGCCACCACGCCGACGGCCAACGGCGGUCCCAAGCACACCGAACUUCGCAACAACGCCAUCAACGAAGCUGCCGAGACCUCCAUGAAGCAGAGUUUGCAAGAGUGCCUGGACCAGCUGGGCAUCGACGAUGCGGUGUGGUGCUCGCGACCCUCCGACAAGUAUUACCAGGUGUACUUUCCCUGCGAAGCCGGCGAGGACACGGACCUGGUGCUGCGGGUGCUGACGGCUCGCGGCAUUGGUUCGGACAAGUCCUCGACCAUCGGGGUGGUGCCAUGUGCAGUCUUCUACCGUGACGAAGAUGAAGCGCGUUCAGUCCAAGAAGCACCAGAAUCCCAAGAAGACGAAAGAAAAGCCACUCGGUUCAAGGCGGCGCAACAGAAAUUCCUCAAGUCUGUCACCGCACGGCUUACCGUGGCACAGGUCGUUGAAGGCGUCCGCUCCCAAGGGGAACUCAACUUUGAUUAUGUGGCUUUCGUCUUGCUCGCUGGCAUGAUUGCAGCCCUUGGCCUGAUGGACAACAGUGUGGUUUCCAUUAUCGCCGCCAUGCUGGUGUCUCCACUCAUGGGUCCCAUCAUGGCCAUUACGUUCGGCAUCAUCAUCCGUGACCGCUCGCUUAUCAAAGUGGGGCUGCGUAGCGAACUCUUCGGCCUCUUUCUGUGCCUGACGUUCGGGUUUUUCUUCGGGCUCACCAUGUCCUACUGGGGAGACAUCCAGGGCCCUGGUGGCUGGGGUCCGAACACCUGGCCCAACUCGGAGCAGACUGCCAGGGGUCAGUGGCGGAGCCUGUGGGUAGGCGCCCUGGUGGCGCUGCCGUCGGGCGCCGGAGUAGCCAUGGCCAUCCUGGGCGGGAACUCCGCCUGCCUGGUGGGCGUCGCCAUAUCCGCUUCACUGCUGCCGCCGUCCAUCAACUGCGGUACUUUGUGGUCUCUGUCCUUGAUGAAAGUCUUCAAGUCGCUCGGCCAGUCUCCAAUGAACGUGACGGUGCCGGUGCCCGGUAGCAACCUGACGCGGACGGUACUCACGUACCCGGCGUUCAUCGCUCAGCCGGGCUUCAGCGCCUACUACUUCGACAACGCCAGCAUGCACAAGGAAUGUGCCGUCAUGGCCAUCAACUCCUUCUGCCUCACCGUAGUCAACAUCCUCUGCAUCAUCAUUGCAGGAACUAUAUUCCUCAAGAUCAAGGAGAUCGCUCCAGAAGCCAGCAUGCCGAGGACGCAGCGGUUCUGGAAGCACGACAUUAAGGUGGCACGGGACUACAACCGCACUGUGCACGACGCCAACGACCUGGGACACGAGUUCCUGCAGGAAUGGGCUGACCUGACCGGUGUGGACCCCAAGCUACUCACGUCUGACGACCCACACUCGAGGAUUACCCAGCUGCAGACGCUUCAGGACAUCCUCAUGGAUGCCGAAGACGACGACGUGUACCAGACAGUCACUCGACACGUGGCCAACCAGCCGCCGUCUGCGAGCCUGGCGCGUCGCCUGACAAUGGGAGCGCUGCCGCAGCUGAAUGCCCACACGCACCACGGCGACACGAGCUGUUUAGACCCUGAGAGCGGAGUCCGUCGCCAAGGACGCCGAGCCAGCCAGAUGGUCAGCAACAUGCUCAACAGCUACGAGCGCAGGGCCAGCAAGUGCGCCCUUGGACUGCACGCCUACGACAACCCGGAUCCCCCGACGGCGUCUCAGGACGGCCUGCAGCCCCCGCCAGCGUCGCUGCUGCAGUCCCGGCGGCGCUCUUCCGUGCACCGGGGUCAGAACCUGAGCUACUGGCCGUCCCGGUUCUCGGUGUCCCCCGUGACCGAGGACGACGUUCUGCGCACCCGGCGCCCCAGUCGGCUGUCCAGGCAGAGCAUGCGGCCGCCCGUACUCGAGGAGGAGCAGGACGAGUACUCGCGCAUCUGAGCCCCACGCUCUUACGACGCAAACGGCGGGCAGUGAAGCGCUCUGAAGGGUGCAGGACUUCGACGUGACUGAGUGUCGCCUCCAGUCGGCUAACGGGAGAUAGAUGCUCAGUGCUUUCAUCAUCUGUCAGAUUUUUCGCGUUGGCGCAUCAGGUAUAAUUCAGGAGCUACGUACAAUAGUAGUACGAGUUAAAAAGUAGAGCACCAAAAAAGGUCCUAAUUGGUUUCUUCUGUGCUGGUCACGAUUCAUAAGUUCAUUCAACUUGACGGGAAUGAAUAUCUGGAAUAUAAUACCAGCGAGGACAGUGAAUUGAUUACAAUCUUCAUCCCCGAAAACGGAAGUUUUAAGAUAUGAUAUGAAUCAAUUUAUUAUUUCAUAUAGUCCACCAAUUCCUUCGAAUUGUAGGGCAUUUCUGAAUUUUUAAAACACUGUGUUCGCGACGAGGUUUCCUACUACGGUUGCUGAGGGGACUUGACUAAGCGUGUGCAGUUGCCGGAGAGGCGCCUGCACGCUGUCCAGUAUCCUCUGACUCACUCUGGUCGGACUUGUAUUAUGUAAACGGGUUCGCGAGGGUAGGCAGGCACCCGUGACGUCUCAGUGCAUCAGGUACACUUCCCACGAGCCAUGAGCCUUAAUUAAUUUUAAAAAAAUUCGGGAAAGCAAUGGCACGGUAUUCUGAACAAUUAGCAUAAAUUGUCUCUAGCUGGUCCUUCAUAUGCUUUUCAGAGAAAUAAUGUCGCUGUGUUUCACUAGCUGUAUUCAGCAUGUAAGCAACACCAAGAUUUUUAAGCAACUUGUUCUUCGUGCGUAAACACUGGAGCACCCAUGUGUCAGCCUGUGUGAAAAGCGUUUUUAAUGCGAAGUGUGGACAGAUGUCAAACGAUGUAUUUGAUACUAAAUGUUGGAAUAAGUUAUCGUGGUUUUUACGCCACGGAUUUUAAAGGGCUUCACACCGUCUAGAAAGGAUGUAUAUAUUUUUUUUUGCAUCCCUGUGGUCUACAUGUUUUGAUGGUUCAGAUUCCUCGAACACGCUACUCGUAUCCGCUAUCCGAGUUUGUAUAUAGAAGAAACACAAGUUUCCGUGUUGUGCCUUAGAAGUUAUUUUUUUGUGAAGUAUAUAGCUCCCAGAAAUAACGGUAUGAUUUUACUUCUAUUCUUUCUGUCAAGUCAGCACUAUUUGGCACCGACGCAUGUGUUGCUUUAUGAUUGUUUUUUAAAUAAAUGCGGUCAGUCGGCCUUAAUUUGCUGCCUGACAAUUAUGUUGAACUUUCAUUUCUUCGUACUUGUGUAUGGCAAUUUCUGGAAGAACUGCCGAAAACUUUGAAGAAUUUCAUAGGGUAAAAUUAAAUUGUUCUAUACGCUUCCGAGGUUGGCGGUGCUAUUUGAAGAUGUUGUCACCUUUUUUGAAGGCACGAACCCAGUUUUUGAGUGGAAGUGAUGGCAUACAAGAUCAAAUGAAGAUGGCAUCCUGGAGCUAAAGCCAUUUAAUGAAAUGAAAAAAAAAAGAUGCGUAAGCAGGCUUUUCAAACAAGUUUAGUAAAGCAAGGCCAUGCAAACUUCUUACCUUUCAGAUUGAACGAGAUGAAUGAUUAUAUUUUGUCUAAUGUUCGUGGAAUGUACGGCACCUUUUAUUGUCGGUUUUAAUCGGUACCUAUACGUAACUACUUUCGCAAAUGUGUGAUCUCUCCUUGCAUUUACCUGCAGGGACCACUGUGCUUCAAAACUGAAACAAUUCUAACCCGUUUUGCUCAAUUCCCUUUGCUAAAUUAUGAUAGGAGCGUAAGUAUGAGUAUUAUAAAUAUUGAUCAGUAAGUGUGACGGCAGUAGAAAUAAUUUACUUUUACUUGCUUUAGUUCAGAAACUAUAUAAAGGUAAACUUCCCUUUAUAAAAAUCUUUCCUCGUCUUCCACAUCUACCAAAUGCAGAAGGAUAAUGUUACAGAAAUGUUCCUCGGCAGAACGUCUUUUUAUUAGAUAUAGUAUAAGUUAAGCCCUUAUAUCCCAAAUAAAUUCAGAACAAUAUAUGGAAACUAUGAA